AUGAUAUUGACAAUACUUGUCUCGUACGAAAUUCCAUUCCCCAGAUCCACAGAGGACAGAUGUGUACCCAUUGCAAAUCUGAAGCCAAGGAUUGAGAACUGGUACAUUAAGGCAUUAAUAUCUGAGAAGACACCUAUCAGGCUGAAGUGGGUCAACUUGCAACAGAAGUAUGUUUUCAUUGAUAAACAGUGUACUACUUUCGAACCACAUCUCAGACAACUAGGCAAAGAACUUCAGCUUUUCCACACUUACUCCAUUGGGAAUGGAACAAUCAAGGAAAUUCCAAAGAGUACAGCUCUAUUAGUUGAUCUAGACCAUCAGAUAAUCUUAACUAAAAAUGCAUAUAUCAAAUUAGCAAACAAAGAAGAACAACUAUCUCUUGAAGAGGUUUAUGAUGUGACACGGUUUGAAGAACUUCCUAGUCUCAUGGAUACAAAUGAAAAACUCAGCUGA